AUGGCUGCUUCAACAUCAAUGAAGAAGAACUACCGUUGCCACCAAUCUCUGAAGCAAUUCUACUCCGGCGGCCCUUAUGCAGUCUCCUCCGACGGUUCUUUCAUAGUCUGCGCUUGCGAUGACACCAUUAAGAUCGUUGAUUCAUCUAACGCCGCCAUAAAGUCAUCCAUUGAAGGUGACACCGAGCCCGUCACCGCCCUCGUUUUAAGCCCCCUAAAGAACAAUGCUUUCCUAUUCUCCGCCAGCCAUAGUCGUCAAAUUCGGGUCUGGGACCUUGCCACUCUCAAAUGUAUCCGUUCUUGGAAGGGACAUGAAGGGCCAGUCAUGAGCAUGGCUUGUCAUGGGUCGGGCGGGUUGCUGGCAACAGCCGGGUCGGAUGGGAAAGUACUAGUAUGGGAUGUGGAUGGUGGAUUUUGUACACAUUUCUUCAAGGGUCAUAAGGGAGUUGUUAAUUUCGUUAUGUUCCAUCCUGACCCCAAUAGACUGCUUCUUUUCUCAGGCAGUGAUGACACUACCAUCAGAAUUUGGGAUCUUACACGCAAGAAAUGUCUUGCGACGCUCGAAAAACAUUUAUCUGCUGUGACAUCGCUGGCUAUUACCGAAGAUGGGGGUACCUUGCUCAGCUCAGGAAGAGAUAAGAUUGUGAACUUGUGGAGCUUGCAUGACUUCAGCUGCAAAGUUACUGUCCCUACGUAUGAGGCACUUGAAGCCGUUUGUGCGAUUAGUUCCCACUCUCCGUUUGCUUCAUGUCUAGCUUCAAUGAUGGAGGAGAGAGGAAAGAGAUUUAAGGAUUCAAAUUCUAUUCAUUUUAUCACUGUUGGUGAACGUGGCAUGGUGCGGAUAUGGAAUUCUGAUGGUGCAGUUUGCCUCUUUGAGCAGAAAACUUCGGAUGUUGUGGUGAGCUCAGAAAAUGAUAACGCGAAAAGAGGCUUCCAUUCCGCAAUAAUGUUACCCUCAAAUCAGGGAUUGCUAUGUACAGCUGACCAGCAAUUUUUCUUCUAUACUCCAGUGGUAGAUCCUGAAGGCAGCUUUAAGAUAAUUCUUAGCAAAAGGCUCAUAGGGUACAAUGAAGAGAUAACAGACAUGAAAUUUUUGGGUGAGGAAGAACAAUUCCUUGCCGUCUCUUCAAGUGUUGAACAUGUACGGGUGUAUGAUCUUGCAUCGAUGUCAUGUGCGUAUGUACUUUCCGGUCAUUUGGAUGUUGUUUUAUGCCUUGAUACCUGCGUCACUGAUUCUGGGAGAACACUUAUUGUAACUGGAAGCAAAGAUAGCAGGGUUAGAGUUUGGGAUGCUGGAACACAAUGUUGUAUUGGAGUUGGCAAAGGUGUCAUAGACGACCAACAUGGAGAAGCUUUUGGUGCCGUUGCAUUUUCGAGAAAACAACGGAACUUUUUCGUUAGUGGCAGCAGUUUACUUACACUAAAAGUGUGGAGUUUAGAUGGUCUUGCGGACAGUGCUGAAGAUGUUCCUAAUUUGAAAUCAAAAAGAAUAGUUCCUAAAGUGCAUGCUAAGGAUAUAAACUGCCUUGCAAUUGCUCCAGACGAUAGUCUUGUUUGCAGUGGCUCACAGGAUCGCACUGCUUGCGUAAGGACGCUCCCUGAUCUAGACAAAGUAGUGGAGCUUAAAGGGCAUAAAAGGGGAGUUUGGUCUGUGGAGUUUUCUCCAGUUGAUCGGAUUGUUAUAACAGCUUCUGGAGAUAAAACAAUCAAAAUAUGGGCUAUAUCUGAUGGUUCGUGUCUGAAAACAUUUGAAGGGCAUACUUCAAGUGUUAUUAGAGCAUCAUUUGUCACUCGUGGAGCACAGUUUGUCUCCUGCGGUGCUGAUGGUUUAGUGAAGCUAUGGACAGUUAAUACAAAUGAAUGUAUUGCCACCUAUGACUCCCAUGAUGACAAGAUAUGGGCCUUGGCCAUUGGAAAGAAAACUGAAAUGCUAGCUACAGGAGGCAGUGAUGCUGUAAUUAAUUUGUGGCAUGACUCGACAUCUGCUGAUAAAGAAGAAGAGUUUCGGAAAGAAGAGGAAGAUGUGUUGAGAGGACAAGAGCUUGACAAUGCAAUUGUGGAUGCUGAUUAUGUUAAAGCAAUCCGAAUUGCAUUUGAGCUUCGCAGACCCCAUAAGCUCUUUGAGUUGUUUGGGGAUAUCUGCAGGAAAAGAAGUGCUGAAGAUCAGAUUGUAAAAGCUCUCAAUGGUCUUGUCAAAGAAGAACUCCCUCAACUUAUUGAAUACAUACGAGAAUGGAAUACAAAGCCAAAGCUCUGCCAUGUUGCCCAUUUCGUGCUGUUCCAAAUAUUCAAUAUGCUUUCUCCGACUGAGAUUGUUGAGAUACGAGGCAUUCGAGAGUUGCUUGAAGGACUAAUUCCAUAUUCUCAAAGGCAUUACAGCAGGAUUGACAGGCUACAAAGAAGCACAUUCCUUUUGGAUUACACUUUGACAGGAAUGUCGGUCAUUGAGCCAGAAACAGUGGAAAGUGACACAAAAGAGAACAAUGCUAAACGAUCCAAAGAUGAAGAGAACCCAACUCAGGCGGAGGGACAAGAGAAUGGGGCGCUGGAAGAGGAGAUGAUGGCCUCUCAGAAGAAACGAAAAUCACGGAAGCCUAAAGACGUGGCGUAUAAGAAAGUAAAGAGUCCGACUACCAACACGUCCAUACCAUCUCAGGCAUAUUAA